AAUACAAUCAAUUAUCCGAAAUUCAUUGAAAAAAGGAGGGGAAGUUUGUUAAGGCAAGAACAAAUUUUCCAAAACGGUCUUCUCUUCUCCGGAGUCGGAUUCAUUAAACUGAAAAAAUGGCGUACAGAGGACGGCAGGGGAUGACCAGAGCCUCCACCUUCAAGGAUGAAAUUAACAAUCAUGUCGAUGACAGCAACGAUAAAUCUUCCGAUUCGCACUUUACAUCGUCGCAUUCAUUUCCCUCGUCCUCGUUGCAUCCGCUAUCGACGAGAUCACCUUCCGAUUCCCUUGCCGCUCAGGCAAUCCGUGCCUCCGCCGCUCGCCGCGAGUCCCCUGUAUUCGGAGGAGACACUUCUCCUCGAUUCGUAGGAGGAGACCGAGACACUUCUCCUGGAUCUAAGGGUGGGUAUCCAACCCACCAUGGGAAAGGGGGAAAUGCACUACAAGCUCUAAGGCCGUUUGAGCCGAGAGGCCAAGUGCAAUCAAGAUAACUUUUUUUUUUUUUUAAAUAGUUUUGUCAUGGGUGGGUUUGAAACCCGCCCAGAAGCGGAGGAUAUGCACUUUUCAGUGGCUCUAGUUACUGGACCACACGGGUCAAGUGCAAUCAAGAUAACUUUUGGAG